UUUGAGAGGACAGAGUGCGCGUUGCGUGUCUAUAUUACUUUCCGGCACCGGAGGUUAUAAAGAGGACCCGUUUCGUUUUUGCGUCAUAGCCGCGUAGCCGUUGUGUCGGUGUUUUGAACUGACCGUGGGGUCGAGUGGCGUGUGUGUUUGGUUGUUGUUUUCGCGCGGCUCGUUCAUGUUUUGCGGCUCACUGCCUGCGGUCUCUUUAGAGAUGAAACAUCCGAAAGGAUCGAUGCCACCACCCGCCUUGCCCAACAUAAGCCUGGAGAUGUUAAACGAUCGCAUAGACAUGGAAUCGGUGAUGGGAAAGUUCGGAUGGGAAAAAAUCGACAAAUUUGAUCUGCCCUAUAUAAUCAGGAAGGGAGAGAAAUACACCGCGAUCCGGAUUGCCGAACAGAAGCUGCUGCAACAAUUCAAAGUGUUGUGCAACAAGGAGGUGUACUCGUGCUUCAGCAUCAACCAGGUACACCUGACCGACGCCGAGGUCAGACUGUUGAACGAGAUUAACGUUUUCCAUUGCAACGGACUCUUCGGUAACUAUCCGUUUACGGUGAAUGACUUUCUGUUGAAGCUGAAAGAUGUGGAGUUGUUAUAUGAACUGUUCGUUUUCAUUAAGAACGCGGCCGACGACAAAGUGGACAUGGAAAGGGCUCGGUGCGGUUUUAUACAGAUGGACGAUCAGCCCCCGGUGCCCUACGUUUUAGUAGACGGUGUCAAAUACUCGCCGAUGUUUUACUUCGAAGGCGCGGCCGAAUAUUUGGAGAACCAAGCGACAUAUCUCACCGGCUGGGAUUUGAGCUACCUGAAGUUUUGUUGCAAGGUACAAGGGAUCAGACAAGAGUUCUACGCGGCGGAGAAGUGUCAGGUUGUUGGAUUUGAGGAAAUUAAAAAGUUUCUGCCGCCCGAAACAAAGUACACGAUGAUCUGGCCGAAGAAUAUUGUUCAAAACUUCUUUUGGAAACUCCAAACGGAAAAGUCAAAACAACAACAGCAACAACAACAAAGUAAUAGGACUAAAUAUCCACAGUCUACUGUGUUGUCGACUAAAAACAACCCUAUGCCUCCUGCCGACUACCUUAGCGCCUACAAUUUAUUCAAUCAACACAUGUUUCAAACGCAUAAUUAUCAAAAUGUACAUAAUUAUUCAGUGCCGCAAAAUAGGUAGAGCAAGCAAAUUUUUUAACUAACUUGGAGACAAUGGGAAUUAUGUUUUAUUUGUAUAAAUAUUUAUAUAUAGACUGAUUUAUAUUAAAUUAUGUUAGGUUAUUUAUUUGUUUAAUAGGACGUUGUACAUUAGUAUGAUGUUCCCUACUGAGUUGAGUACCACGAAGUAUUUUUAUAUGUUCCUUGAAUAAAGUUACAAAGUGUUAA